UGUUUUUGGUAUCAUUAUUCGUACAGAUCUUCUAUCAACACAACACAUCCAACCAAUCCAACCAAAAUGAAGUUCUUCAUUGCAAUCAUGGCUGUGGCGUUCGUCGCUGCCUCGGAGGCGUCCUACCUGCCAUACGAUGAUGUCCUGUCCUACCAGCACGGCUACGGCUAUGGACUUCCGGUGUCGAAGGUGGUCUAUGGCUCGUCGUACGGUCUCCCAGCAGCGGUGGACAAGUACUCCUACCCAUCAUCGUUGUACGGUUCCUAUCCGGCCGUGAAGAAAGUGGUCGAAUACCCGUCGGUUGCUCCAGUGCUGGCCACCAAGGUCGUUGAUAACAGCUACGAUCUGGGAUACAACAAGCUGGUCGCUCCAGUUCUGAGCAGCGGAUACGGUCUGGGAUACAACAAGCUGGUCAGCGGAUACGGCCUGGGAUACAACAAGCUGGUCAGCGGAUAUGGUCUGGGAUACAACAAGCUGGUCGCUCCCGUCGUCGCCACCAAAGUCGUCGAUAAUGGACUGUGGAACUAUGGAGGAUACGGUCUGGGAUACAACAAGUAUCUGUCGACUGCUCCCGUUGCCAAAUACGUGUUGUAAAUGUAGAUAAUAUUGUUUUAAUAAACCGGCUCCGAUUCAUGACGUGUGAAUGUUAACCCAA